UGCUGGGCCUUCAACACUUUUCCGAUCUACAGAUGACAUCGUCGGUGACUGUAGCUUCUUCAUCAAUGCAACCCAGAUUUUUUUGGGAGAGUCCUUACUUUAUCUUUCCUCUUCCACCCCUUUUGCUUCUUGAGGUAUACCGGCUCACUGUGACUUUGUUGAAUCAAGAUGGCGAGCGCGACUAUGCCCUUCCGCCCUGGGCCCAACAGUGGCAUCCGCACUCCAACGAGACAGAACUCAGUCGACGCCCGAAAUGAGGUGCACGUGCAGAUGAAUCACUACAUCGGCAUUGAUGUUGGUACAGGUAGUGCUCGAGCAUGUAUUAUCAAUGAGGCGGGCGACAUUGUCGGUCUGUCUUCAGAGAACAUCGGCCUCUGGCAGCCCGAGACAGGAUAUUAUGAACAAUCUACCACCGAUAUCUGGCGUUGUAUCUGCACCAGCGUCCACCGCGCCGUCGCACAGAACAACAUCGACCCUCACUCAAUCCGAGGAAUCGGGUUCGACGCAACAUGUUCACUCGCCGUGUUCACGCACGACACUGACGAGCCUGUCUCGGUGACCGGGCCGAACUUCGACCAGUCUGCCAACGACCACAAUGUCGUGUUGUGGCUUGACCACCGCCCAGUCGAAGAGACCAAGAAAAUAAACGCCACUAAACACAACCUGCUCCGCUACGUUGGCGGCACGAUGAGCAUUGAGAUGGAAAUCCCAAAGGUGCUCUGGCUGAAGAAUAACAUGCCCAAGGAACUGUUUGAUCGGUGCAAGUUUUACGACCUUACAGACGCGCUAGAACAUCUGGCAACGGGGAACGAGAAGAGAAGCUUUUGCUCCGUCGUGUGUAAGCAAGGGUACGUGCCUGUCGGGGUGGACGGAAGUGUCAAGGGGUGGCAGGAGGACUUCUUGAAAGAAAUCGGCCUCGAAGAUCUCGCCGAGGACAAUUUCAAGAGGAUGGGAGGUGUCAAUGGGGUGAAUGGCGAAUACCUUUCCGCCGGCGAGCUGGCAGGCUACCUCUGCGAGCGCGCCGCUGCGGACCUCGGUCUCCCCGCCGGCAUUGCCGUGGGCUCCGGUGUGAUCGAUGCGUACGCAGGCUGGAUCGGUACCGUGGGCGCCAAGGUUAACCUAUCCGCCGACGAACUCGAUGCAUCAACUCCUGCAAACGACCAGUCACAAGCGUUCACCCGUCUGGCGGCAGUUGCAGGAACAUCCACUUGCCACCUUGUCAUGUCAAAGGACCCGGUCUUUGUGCCUGGCGUGUGGGGACCCUACAGGGACAGUAUCAUCCCGAAUUUUUGGAUGGCCGAGGGCGGACAAUCCGCGACAGGCGAGUUGUUGAAACACGUUCUCGAGACGCACCCGGCGUACAACCAGGCCGUGUCGAUGUCUCAAGGGUCUUCGAGCAAUGUAUACGACUUUCUGAAUCAGCACUUGUUAGAUUUGAAGGAGAAGAGGGCGGCACCGAGCGUAAGUCACCUUGGCCGCCACUUUUUCUUCUACGGCGAUCUCUUCGGUAACAGGAGCCCGAUCGCGGAUCCCACAAUGAGCGGCAGCGUGGUCGGAUUGAGCAGCGACAAAAGUUUGGAUGGGUUGGCGUUGUAUUAUUACGGGACAAUGGAGUUCAUCGCGCUGCAGACGUGGCAAAUUAUUUCGACGAUGAACGACGCCGGCCACAAAAUAUCCAGCAUCUUCAUGAGUGGCAGCCAGUGCCAGAAUGAGAUCCUGAUGGAGUUGAUCGCGACGGCUUGUGACAUGCCCGUUCUGAUCCCGAGGUACGUGCAUGCUGCGGUGUGUCACGGCGCGGCCAUGUUGGGGGCGAAGGCGGCGAGUGCAGAUCCAUACGGUCGCACCGAGGAUUUGUGGAGCAUCAUGGACCGGAUGAGCAAGCCUGGCAAGAUUGUCCGACCCAGUGCGGAUAAAAGUGUCAAGAAGUUGUUGGAUGUCAAGUACAAGGUGUUUUUGGAGCAGUGUGAACGCCAGAGGGAGUUUAGGAGGAUGGUCGAUGAGGCUGUUGGGACGUCGUGAAGAGGUUACUCGGGGAGGUAGUUGUAGCGGGUCAACCAACGGAGCCAUCGAAGGGUGUGUCCUUCUUUGAAAAGAGAGGACCAAGGUCAGGAUGGAUGAGGUAUACCUUCGUGUCAGCUACAUCGCACCAUGGUAUCUAUUCGGCGCUGCCCAGGAUCGAGGAGAAGCAGCAUUGGGGUGAAGAAUCAAAAGUUCGACUGUGUUCAUCGCGUGAAGAACGGAUUGAGUGUCAAUACCAGCAGUAUCCUUCUAAGCUAACCUGGUAACGAGGCUGGACACUGGGACCUUUCAUACCUAGUACUCGUCACUACUAUUUACCGAGUAGACCUGACCAUAAUCCAAUGAACAAAAUAUUUCCCAAA